CGUUGAUCCGUCAGAUCCGGAUUAUAUGAGGUUCAUAUGUAGUUUAUUAAGUCUUCCAUUAGAUAUGAUUCCUGAAUCACUUGAACGCUUUAAUUUUAUUCCAAACGAGAAUUAUACAAAGUUGAUGAAAGCUAAAGAAUUAUAUGAUCCUUGUGAAGAACUUUUUAGAGAGGUGUUUGUAGGUUCUAAUCAAUUUCUCCCACCGGAACUAAGAAAAGGAUGGAUUUUAAACGGUCUCAUAAAAUUAGGGCUUAAUCGUGCUACGGAUAGUAAAUCAUUUAUUCGUGUUGCGGAAGAAAUUGAAAAUUUAUCAAAAAUGCCUACACCCCCAGAGAAUUUGCGUGAACGGGCAAAAAUAGUAGUUCGCCAUUUUUACUACUAUGCGACUGAAUUAAAUUUAUCCAGCGAAGCUUGGGAAAAACUUUCAAAGAUCAAAUUUGUUCCCUCAAAACCUGUUAAUCCUCCUUUCCUUGAAACAGCAUAUUCAAAGAUUCCUGAAUUAUAUGAUUUCGAUUCACUUUGUCUACCUAAAUAUCGGAAUAUUUGCUGGACUCAAUGUCCAAUUUAUGAUGAUGAUGUUCUGCCAGAUUCGAAUAUUUGUAGAUUAUUUCCUGAAAUGAAUGAGAUUGAAACUCCAAUUGUAAUAAAUCAUCUUUACGCAAUUAUAAGGAACAUUGUAAGAGCUGAUUUAUCAGGGUGGAAAGAUGCUAAAAUGUCAGAAUUACUUCGUACAGUGAUUUUUCAAAUAUAUAAACAUUUGAAUGAAGUUCCGAAACAAGAAUUAAAAUCAUACUUAAAAAUAAAACUGAAGGCCGAUCCCAAAAUCUUUCUCAAUGGAGAAGACCCUUUCGAUCCUUAUAAUUGGGUUUCUGGAAAUCAAUUAAUAUUGAACAUUGAUGAUGAUAUCGAUUCAGGAAAUAGAGCAGUAUGUGGCUAUCUAGCAAUAUGUAAAAGAUUACUUCAUAUUUGUGAAGCACAGGAAAUGAAAAGUCCAUGUAUGAAUAUACGAGUUCCUGAUGAAUAUUCACAACGAGAUAAAAUUGCAAAAUCGUUUGCCAGAUUUUUAGAUGAAAAACCUAAUUUAGUAACUAAUAAGAGUCCUCAACAAAAUUAUGAACGAAACGGAAUGCAAAAAUUUCAUGAUAUUUUCUUUAACGUCCACGGAGAAAUAAUUGGCUCAAAUCGUUAUGUAUUAGCAGCCUCAGCCAAUUAUUUUGAAAGGAUGUUCACCGCGGGGACAAUGGAGUCUAACCCAUGGAAACCAGUCUAUGUCAACAUAGAUGACAUAAAACCUGAAUCAUUCCGUAUUAUGUUGAAAUGGUUAUACGGUAGAAGACUUGAAGAUGCUCUAUCAGAGAUCAAGAUGUCACAGGCGACCGAUGAGAUCUCCUUUUAUUUGGAAAUCUAUAUUGAUUUACUUAAUGCCUGUGAAAAGUAUGACCUGCAAGAACUUAAAAGGCUUAUUGAACACAAAAUUGUUAAAAGCGAUUUAAUUAGGGCUCAAAAUGUUCUUGAGGUUAAGAAAUGGGCUGAAAAAUACAAUGCUAUGCAACUCUUUUCGUAUUGCAAGGAUUAUAAGAAAGAAAAUUUAGCUCUUUUAGUCAGGCAUCGUUGUGCAGAUCUACUCGAUGUAGAUGAGGAUGAAUUAUCAGAACUACUCGAUGUAGAUGAGAAUGAAUUAUCAGAAGCGUUAGAUGAUUAUGAAGAUGAGAUUGAUAACUUGGAAAGUAGCGAAGAAGAUAUUUGGGAUUGCAAAAUCGAUACGGAAUUCGAAAAGUACAGUAGUUGGUGAAAAAAUAAAACUCUCUCUUCAUUGAUUUAACGAUUUAUUUUGACUAAAUAGAACCUAAAAGGAUAAAUCAAAAGGUAUACAAAGUAAAAAAUUGUAUGGAAUUGCAAAUUGAAAAAAAAUAAAAAAUUAAUUUUGAGAUU